CAUUGAUGCGGCGCUCGAGCAGCUCGCGAUCUGACUUGAACAGCCUCCCGGACACGCCCGAAUCGCCCAAGAGGCUGCCAGAGGACCCUGAGCCGCCCAGCUCCGGCGUGGGAGUCCCGCCCGAGCAGCUUCAUGGCGGCGACGGUGCUGUUGUGCACGAAGGAACGCAGCGAACGGGACGCGUGAGCACAGGCCGCUCGGGCAAGUCCAAGCGCGUGCUGCGCGCGGAGAGGCGGCUGCGCGCCGGAGCUGGGACGCCGCCCGACGGCGACCGGCUCGGCCGCGUCUCUCCCGGCGGCUUGUCGCCCGGCCGCCUCAGUGGCCGAGGGAGCCCCGUGUCGCCGAUCGAGUCGGCGCUCGGCGAAGUCGGCAGGCUGUGGGGCGUCCUCCGCCAAGAGCUGGCACGCGAGACGCCGUACGUGCCGGGCCUCUCGAUCCACACGCCGAAGCGGCGGUGGCAGCUGACCGCCGCUUCGCUCACCUUGCUCGGCGCCGCGAAGGCGGGCGACGCGCUGCGCAUACGGCGGCUGCUCCGCAGGCACGGCGCGAAGCUGCCGACGGUCUUCGAGGUCGUCACCGAGGCGGUGGAGAUGCAGCGGAGGCAGUCCUUCGCGCUGCGGCGGGGCGAGGCGUCGGCGCUCUGCUGCUGCUCGGACGGCAGCACCGCGCUGCACCUCGCAAGCCGCGGCGGUCACCCGCAGGUCGUGUCGUAUCUCCUCGGCGCGGGGUGCGCCGUCAACGCGACCGACCACGCGGGCCUCACGCCGCUGCUAUGCGCGGCGGCGGCGCUGGAGACGGACGCGCACGUCGAGGUGAUCCUGCGGCUGCUGCAGGAGGGCGCCGACCCCGACGCCAAGAGGCUCGACGACGACCUGUGCGCGCUGGAGCUGGUCGAGCUGGCGUCGCCCUUGACGCUGCUGCAGCACCGCACCCCGUCCGGCGAGGCGGGCGGCGGCGAUCGCGACGACGAGCGGCGAUGCGGCGAGUGAAGCGGCACGUGAAGCGGCAGGUGAAGCGGCAAGCCGGAGGGUCAGGGCCGCGGCCAGCACUCGCCGGCAGCAGCGGGCGGCGAGGGUUGCGCUCGCGCUGGUCGCGGCGAGGAGCGCGCGCGCCGACCUCGGCGAGGGGCUGUGCAACUCCAUCGCCCGCGCGCCCGUCGCGGCAUUGGGGCAUUGUUUGUUGAGCUGAUCCAUUGGGGCAUUGUUUGUUGAGCUGAUCGACGCCUGAUAGUUUUGACACGCACGCAUGUCAUGGUGGAGGGAGGGUCAGGCGUGCCUUAGCUCUAAGCUACAUGCGUACAGCCGCGUGGAUGCCCUCUCUGUCUACGUUAUGGGCUGACGGUGACGCGUC